UCCACCUGUUCUCUCUCGAACCCCCUCGACCCAACCCCGCCAAACAUGUAUAUAUAUAUUCCCAUUUCCCUCCCACUUCAAACCAGAUUCAAAGCAAGCAAUUAAGAGAAAAUCACACACACACACACACAAGCACGCAUUUGUAGCUCACAAGAAGAGUACAAUUCUCUUGAAUUCAAGAACUCGGGGGAAUUCUUGAUUGCUGCUACUGAUGGCGAAGACGGAAGGCAAGGCUAUCGGCAUUGAUCUCGGCACGACGUACAGCUGCGUCGGCGUCUGGCAGAACGACCGUGUCGAGAUCAUUCCUAAUGACCAAGGCAACAGAACCACUCCUUCCUACGUCGCCUUCACCGACACCGAGAGGCUGAUUGGCGACGCCGCCAAGAAUCAGGUGGCGAUGAACCCACAGAACACUGUUUUCGACGCUAAGCGUCUCAUCGGCCGCCGAUUCUCCGAUCCGACUGUCCAGAACGACAUGAAGCUCUGGCCGUUUAAAGUUAUUCCAGGGCCCGGAGAUAAGCCCAUGAUUCAGGUCCAGUACAAGGGCGAGGAGAAGCAGUUCGCUCCUGAAGAGAUUUCUUCCAUGGUUUUGACGAAAAUGAAGGAAAUUGCAGAAGCAUUUCUUGGGCAGACUAUCAAGAACGCGGUUAUCACUGUGCCGGCUUACUUCAAUGAUUCUCAACGGCAGGCGACUAAGGACGCCGGAGCUAUUGCUGGGCUCAAUGUUAUGAGAAUUAUAAAUGAACCCACUGCUGCUGCAAUCGCUUAUGGUUUGGACAAGAAGACCUCCAGGAGUGGGGAAAAGAAUGUGCUGAUCUUUGAUCUUGGUGGUGGGACAUUCGAUGUUUCGUUGCUGACUAUCGAAGAAGGGAUUUUCGAAGUGAAAGCCACCGCCGGAGACACCCAUUUGGGUGGAGAAGACUUUGACAACCGUCUGGUGAAUCAUUUCGCGGCGGAGUUCAAGAGGAAGCACAAGAAGGACAUAAGCGGCAACGCCAGGGCUCUGCGGCGGCUGAGGACUGCCUGCGAGAGGGCAAAGAGGACUUUAUCAUCCACAACCCAGACAACAAUUGAGAUCGAUUCCUUGUAUGAGGGGAUCGAUUUCUACGCAACUAUUACAAGAGCAAGAUUCGAGGAGCUGAACAUGGAUUUGUUCAGAAAAUGUAUGGAGCCAGUUGAGAAGUGUUUGAGGGAUGCUAAGAUCGACAAGAGCCAGGUCCAUGAUGUGGUUCUUGUCGGAGGAUCAACUAGAAUCCCCAAAGUGCAGCAAUUGUUGCAAGAUUUCUUCAACGGUAAGGAGCUCUGCAAGAGCAUCAACCCCGACGAGGCCGUGGCGUACGGAGCCGCCGUCCAGGCAGCGAUUCUGAGCGGCGAAGGCAAUGAAAAGGUCCAAGAUUUGCUGCUUCUUGAUGUCACUCCUCUGAGCCUCGGCAUUGAAACUGCCGGCGGUGUGAUGACAGUUUUGAUCCCAAGAAACACCACAAUUCCGACUAAGAAAGAGCAAAUCUUCUCAACUUACUCCGACAAUCAACCAGGAGUACUGAUUCAGGUGUAUGAAGGGGAGAGGCCUCUGACUAAGGACAACAACCUUCUCGGAAAAUUCGAGCUGACGGGCAUCCCACCAGCACCACGGGGCGUGCCGCAAAUCAAUGUGUGCUUCGACAUUGAUGCAAACGGAAUACUAAACGUGUCGGCUGAGGACAAGACGGCAGGUGUGAAGAACAAGAUCACAAUCACGAACGACAAAGGACGACUGAGCAAGGACGAGAUCGAGAGGAUGGUUCAGGAGGCUGAGCGGUACAAAGCUGAGGACGAGGCAGUUAAGAAGAAGGUGGAGGCCAAGAACGCAUUGGAGAACUACGCUUACAACAUGAGAAACACGAUCAAGGAUGAGAAGAUCGCCUCAAAGCUGAGCUCAUCAGACAAGGAGAAGAUGGAGAAGGCAAUCGACGAGGCAAUUGAAUGGCUGGACAAGAACCAGUUGGCUGAAGUUGAUGAGCUUGAGGAUAAGUUGAAGGAGUUGGAGAACUUGUGCAAUCCCAUUAUUUCGAAGAUGUAUCAGGGGGCUGCUGGAGGCGAGCCGAUGGGCGGCGGUGCUGACAUGCCGGGAACCGGUGGUUUUGGCAACACUGGAUCAGGGAAUGCAGGUGCUGGACCUAAGAUUGAAGAAGUUGACUGAAGUGUGCGAUGAUGACACUCAAGAAGAGGUGGUGGGAGAUCAUCAAUUUACCCAUAUUGAAAAUGAGUAAAUUACUUUUAUGAAAAAAAUUAUAGCAAUUUACCCUAUAUAUUUUCAAAAUAUAGAGAAUUAAAUUACUGUAUUUUAAAAAACAUAAAGAGGUAAAUUGAUAUAUAGCUUUUUAUAGAAGAGUGAUUUACUCAUUUGCAAUAUCAUAGGAGUUGAUUGAAUAAGGAGAAUGUGGUGGUUGUGGUUGUUGCUCUGCUUUUUAUUCUUGUAAUUUGAGUGCAUUUAUGAUUUACCAAAUAAUGAAUUGU